AUGGUUUUUGAAAAUGUAGUCGGUUAUUUGCUUGAUAAAUAUUUGAGCGAUUAUAUCGAAAAUUUAGAUACAAAAAAGCUUAAAGUUGAUUUAUGGAGUGGUAAUGUGGUUUUGGAAAAUCUUUAUCUAAAACCAAAUGCAUUAGCUGAUUUAAAUCUUCCUGUAACUAUAUCUUUGGGUUAUCUUGAAAAACUAACACUUCAAGUUCCAUGGAAAAAUAUAUAUAAACAAGCAACAAAAGCAACAAUUGAUGGACUUUUUUUAUUAGUUGUACCAAAAACUGAAGUUGAAUAUGAUGCUAAACGUGAUGAAAAAGAACAACAUGAAGCAAAAAUGAAAGAAGUCCAUCAAAUUGAAGAACUUCGUAAAGAACAAGAAGCUCUAAAAAAUGCUAAAGCAUCGAAUAAAAAUAGUGAUACAUUUGUUGAACGUAUGCAAUUACAAGUUAUACGAAAUUUAGAAUUAUCUAUUCGAAAUAUUCAUGUUGUUUAUGAAGAUAAAUCAACAAAACCUAAUCAUCCAUUUGCUUUUGGAUUUACACUUCAUUAUAUUACAUUACAUACAACAAAUCCAGAUUGGCAACCAACAAUACUUACAGAAGAUACACCAUUGAUCCAUAAAUUGGGUGAUUUAAGUGGUUUAUCAAUUUAUUGGAAUUCCGAUGCUCAAUCACGAUCUGGAUUAUCAAGAGAUGAAGCUCUUAAAAAUCUAAAACAAAGAAUAGCAAUUAGUAAUCAACCAGCACCAACUGAUAUAGCAUAUAUUCUUCGACCAUUAAAUAUCAAAGCAAAGAUUGUUUUAGCAAUGAAACCACGUGAAGAAGAAUUUAAACGACCAAUGUUUGAUAUUAAAGUUGAUUUAGAUGAAAUUAGUUUAAAUAUCAAUCGUAAUCAAUAUUUAGAUGUACUCGAUUUACUUGAAUUUCAAGAUUAUCUUAAUGUUCAAUCAAAAUAUAUCAAAUAUCGUAUUAAUACUGGUAUACAAGAUAAACCAAGUGCUAAAAGAUGGAAAUUUGCAUAUGAAGCAAUUAUUAAUGAAGACGUUCGACCAAGAUUUGAUUGUUAUAAAUGGGAAAAUAUUAAACUACAUUUAGAUCGUUGUAAAGAAUAUCGUAUACUUCAUUCUCAAGAGUUACUUGGAAAAUCAACAGUUGAACAAAAACAACGAGCACAAGAAUUAGAAAAAAAACUUGAUGUUUUUAAUUUAACAUAUAUUCGUCGUAGUGCUGAAAUUGAAGCAAAGAAAAAGAAAGAUCAAGAACCAAAAACUUGGUGGGGAAGUGUAUCAAACUGGUGGGGUGGAAAUAAACCAGAAGAUAAUCCAGAACUUGAUAUAGAACAAGUUAUGUCACCAGAAGAAAAGAAAAAAUUAUAUGAUGCUAUUGGUUAUGAAGGAGAAGAUACUUCUACAUCAACUUAUCCAGAAGAAUAUAUCGAUAUUGAUUUAGCUAUUCGAUUAAACAUGCUUGAUGUUAAUGCUUGGUCGAAAAUUAAUGAAGAUGAUGCUCAAUUUCGAGCUAUUGCUCGAGCAGUCAUACCUGAUACUGGUUUAGUGUUUAAACGAAGACCAGCAUCAUCAGCUAUUGCGGUCUUUGUUGAUUUGGGUUCAUUUCAAGUUUUUGGUAUGGCUACAGAUUUAAACCAAUCUGAUCUUUCCAAUAAUAGUCGUCCUAUACUUGCUCAACCUGUUUCUCGAUCAUCAUCAUCAACAUCUAUUCAACAAAAAUUAUUACAAGUUGAAUUUGAAACAAAUGCAUUAGAUAAAUCAUCAGAUUAUCGUGUUAAAGUUGUUUCACAAUCUCUUGAAAUUAAAUACAAUGCACCAACAAUUAAUAAAUUAUCUGAAUGUUUUGAACAAGAUACUCAACGUAAUCUUCAAGGUGUUAAACAAGCUGCUUAUUCAACUUAUACAGAUGUUAAACAUCGUUCUUUUAUAUUAAUGAAACAUAAUAUUGAAAAAAUCAAAGUUUUAGAUAUUGAUAUUGAUCUUCAAUCAUCUUAUUUUCUUCUGCCAGAAAACGGAGUUUACCGAGAUGGUGUUGCAGCGGUUUGUAUGGAUUUUGGUCAUUUAACAUUAAAACGUAGUACAAAACCAAGUGAUAGUGGAGAACAAGUCAUCUCACCUAAAGAAGCAAAAGAUAUUGAUGAUGUUCGUGAAAAAUCUUACACUCAAUUUAAAUUAAAACUUGAAAAUAUUCAAUUAAUUUAUGCGAAUCAAAAUGAAAGCUGGGAACAAGCUCGUCAAGAAAAAAAUACAAAAAUACAUUUAAUUAAACCAAUGGAACUUGAUUUAGAUGUUGGUAAAUGUAUUUAUAGUGAUGAUGCUGUUUUACCUGCUUGGAAAGUUGCUGGAAAUCUUCCUAGUGUAGAUUUACAUGUAUCCGAUAAACGUUUAUUUCAAAUAAUGAAUCAUAUUCAAUCAGUUCCAUUGCCUGAAUCGAAACAUCCAGCUAUUGCUGCACAAACGAAUGAACCAGAACCAACACUUGUACCAUCGUCAUUGAGUAAUCCUGAACAAACAUUAGAAGCAGUUGAAGGAAUGACACCAGUUAAAAAAACUAAAGAAAAAGCUGAAGCAGAAGAAAAUAAAGAUAAACCAAAAACAAAUACAGAUACAAAUGAGAAAAAAAAAGAAUUUGAAGGUCAAUUAACACAAUUAGAAGCAAUGUUUACACUUGAUAAAAUUGAUUUACAUAUUGAUGAAAGUAUGAAAGAAAAUAAUGAAGAUGUACCUUUUCUUCGUAUAACACUUGAAUCAAUUGUUGCUAAAACAAAAAUAAAAACAUUUGAUAUGGAAUUUGAUGCAUCAUUAACUAAUUUAAUUGUCUAUCAUGCACAAUUUGUUGGUAAAGAUAAUCAACAAUUACGUUUAUUAUCAGCUCAAUUAGAACAAAAUACUAAUAAUAAUGAAGAUCAAAAAUUAGUUAGUGUCAAUUUUCUUCAUACAUCAACAGAAAAUCCAUUAUUUUUAACGUCAAAUUAUAAUGGAAUUGAGAAUAAAGCUCAUGUUCAUUUUAGUAAACUUGUUGUUACAUUACAAUUAGAAGCACUUUUAUCAAUAUUAAGAUUUCAAGAUUCAUUAACGAAACAAUUACCACAAGAUACACCAGAAGCUCAAGCAAAAAAAAAAGAAGAAGAAUUGAAAAAAAAACAAGAAGAUAUGAAAAAACAACAAGAACAAAAAAAUGCUGAAGAUAAUAAAAAUAUUGAUAAAACGGGAAAAGUUGUCCAGAAAAAAGAUGUUCCAGCAGGACCUUCACUUAAAAUUGAAGCUGAUUUAGAAGAAUUUCGAAUAAUACUUGCAUCAAAACAAGCAAAAAUAUUUGAUAUACAAGUUCAAGGUAUCAAAGCCGAUGUAUCACAAGCACCAGAAAAGACAUCAGUCAAUUUAAUUCUAUCCGAUUUAUGUAUUUUAGAUCCAUAUAAAGAAGCCCGAUAUCGAAAAAUUAUUUCUCAACAAGGCGAUGAUAAAGAAUUACUUCGUGUUGAUUUAUCUUUAUUUAAUUAUCCUGAAGGAUUUGAAAAAACUAUUGAUGUUUUUGAUUGUGAUGUUAAAGUUCAAUUUGCUAAAGCAAAUAUUGUCUUUCUUUUUAAACAUAUCGAUGCAGUUUUGGGUUUUCUUGAUUCAUUAAAUAUAAGUAAAGCUGCACUUAGUAUAGCAUCAACACAAGCUGAUGCUGCUUUUGAACAAGUACAAAAAUUACAAGAACAAGCAUUUAAAGUUCAUCUUGAUAUAACAUUUAAUGCACCAAAUAUUAUUAUUCCAACAAAUUCAUAUUCUGAUCAAGCACUUUUUAUUGAUUUAGGUAAAUUAAUAUUAAAAACAAAUUUUUAUGAUGAUCCAAAAAGAUUUCUGGUUGAACAACAAACUAUUUGUUUUGAAAAUAUGCUUGCUAGUCGUAUUAAACUUGAUCAAGAUUGUAAUAUACUUGGUGAAGCUAUUUUACUUGAAUGUGCUGAAUUAAAUACAUCAAUUAAUCGUUUACUUUAUCCAGAAAAAGUUAAAACUGAACCAGGAGUUUCAAUUAAAGUUAAUUGGGAAUUAGUUCAUUUUCAAUUAGCAAAAGAUGAUUAUGCAUGUGUUAUGAAAGUUUUAAUGGAAAACUUUUCGGAAAAUAUUCGUGAUCAAAUACCUGAAGGUUUACAAAAUGAACAAUUUCAUUAUAGACAAGAAGCACAAGAAAAAGAAGAAGAAAAAUUGAGAGCUGCUGUUAUUAAGAAACAAAAAGAAUCUUUUAGUACUGAAGUAUUACCAACACUUAAACUUCGAGCUGAAAUCAAAAAAUUGGCAUUGACACUUUAUCUUGGAGAAUCAGAUUUGAGUGUUCGUCGUGGACCACGUAAUGAUAAUUUAAAAUUAGCCAAUGUUCAAAUUGACACUUUUGAAGCAUUAUUUCGUCAACAUUCAGAUGGAAGUUAUAAAGCAACAGCACGUGUGAAAAAUUUCUUACUUGAUGAUUUACGUGCAACAAAUAGUUCAACAAGUGUAACACGUAUGAUGGAUAGACAUUUUACAGUUGAUCCUAAUGCUCAUAUGUUUGUUACAUCAUUUGAAUUUAAACCAAAAAAUCAAUCACGUGCAACAGGACUUCGACAAUUAACUGCACAACUUGAAAGUCUUUAUAUUUGUAUAAGUUUGGAUUAUUUAAUGACAUUACAAGAUUUUUUUGUUUCUGGUUUACCAUCGGGUAAUACUGAAACACCACGACAAGCUGAACAACAAGCAAUAACAACAACUGAACAACCUGAAAAUGAUCAAAAUCGAGCAAAAACUGAUAAGAAACCAACACCUGCUCCUUCAAGAAUAUCUACAGCAUCACCAAAACCAACAACUACUCAAACUACAACUGCUCCUAAUGCUGAUGCAGAAGUUGAAACUCGAAUAGAUGUUAGUGUGAAAAAUCCUGAAAUAAUUUUACUUGAAGAUCAACAUAAUUCAAAUUCAAAUUGUCUUGUACUUGAUUUAGCUUUACAAUUACGUAUGAUUACUAUUGAUAAUAAUACACAAUUAUAUGGCUGGUUAAAAAAUUUAACAGUUUAUAGUUCAAAUUUUGCUGAAUUAAGAGAUUCAAAUAAUGCUGGAUCAAAAAUAAAAUAUCGUAUUUUACAACCAGCUAAAGCUGAUAUAUAUUUAACAAUGAAUAAUGAACAACAAAAAAUGGAUGUACGAAUAUCGGAUAUUAUUGUUAGUAUUGCACCAGCUGCCAUUCGAACUGUUAUUGGUGUUACGAGUUCAUUGGGAACAUUACAGGCAACUGUAAAAGAAGAAACAGAAAAACUUAAUUCAAAAUCAUUAUUUAAUCCAAAACCUAUAAAAGAUGGAAAUUUUUGGUUUACAAAAGAUUAUGAAAAAAAAUCGCAACCAACUGAUGAAUCAGAAGCAGCUAAAACUAGUCCAUCACAACAGAAAGCUAUUAAACAAGAAGAAAAUAAAACUAAAGAAAAUGAAGAAGUACAAAAACCAUUAGCACAACAAUUAGUUUUAACAUUGGAAACAAUUGAAGUUAAACUUGAAGUUGGAUUAGGUUCAGUAACAAAAUCUGUUGUAGCUAUGUGUUUAUCAAAUUUAACUGCUGAUGUUCAAAAUUGGUCAUCAAAUAUGAGUCUUGCAUCAACAAUAAAUGUUGAAGCAGCAUUAUUCAAUGAAAAUACACUUAGUUGGGAGCCACUUAUUGAACCAACAGUUGCUUUUGAAGGUGCACGUAUUUCACCAUGGUGUAUUACAUGCUCAAUCGUACCUCAAGAUGAAGAUGAAAAAUAUUAUAGAAAAACUAUUUAUAACGCUCUUCCAUUGACAGAAAAAACUGAACCAUUAGUAACAAAUGCACAAGAACAAAAAGAAAGUGCUUCAUCGUCAAAAUCUAAACAAAUAAUAUUUGUACGUGCUGAUCAAUUACUUAAUAUAACAAUGACAAAAACUGGUCUUGAUCUUGUUCAACGUUUAUCAGCUUUAUUUAAUGAUGUUUAUAAUAAACGAUUACCACCAACUGAAGAUGAUGAUCGACCAAUGUUAUCUUUAUAUAAUGGAACAGGACGAGAAUUAUUUAUUGAUCAUUUAGAUGGUCUUCAAUUUGCUACUGAUCCAUCAUUACAAUCGGCUACUCUUAAAAAAAAUGAAUCUAUUCCAUUAAAUGUCUCUCAUGACCAUCAAAGACCUGGAAGACUUUCAGUUAUUGAUGAACAAAGUUUUAAACGACGACAAGAAUUUUCUGUUACAAUUGGAGAUGCUGUUAAAAUUAUUAGCAUAAGUCGAACAGCGAAACGUGUAUUUGAAUUAGGUCCAUCAUUAAAUCCAACUUGGCCUGUUCAAAUGCUUUGUGAUUCUGAAAUAAAAAAUGAACGUCGACGUAUUAUACUUAGUUCAAUUAUUCGAGUUUAUAAUAAUACAACAUUACCAUUACUUAUUUUAAAUGUUGAUUCAACUGAUUCAAAAAAUUAUAGUCGAAUAGCAAGAGUUGAAGUUAAUGAAGAUUAUCAUAUACCAAUGGAUUUACUUUAUGCAUAUUCAAGUGCACCAAUAUUUAUUGCAGUUGAUGAAGGUGAAGAAGUAAAUGAUUUUUUUUCAUUUGAUUGGGAUAAAGAAUUUUCAACAGAAAGAGCAGUAAAAUUAAAAAAUGGAAAUGAAGCAAAUUUUAUUGUUUUUAAAGAAUUAAUUGAUGCUUAUUCAGAAAAUACUGAUCAAUUUAAGCAAACAAGUAUUAAUCUUUAUAUUCAUUCAUCACUUCAUUUAACUAAUCUUUUACCAAUUGAUAUUGAAUGUUCAAUUAAUAAUGUCGAACAAUUUGCUUUAAAACCAAGUGAAUUACAUUUAGUUACAUCUGGUGGUAGAAGUUCAUCAUUAGUUUUUACUAUUCCAUCAUAUGAUAAUAUAAAAUGGAUAUCUGAACCGGUUGAUUUAAAAGCUGAAGGAAAAGGUGAUUAUAAUGAACAUAUUGUCAUCUUUCGUAAUGAUGCUGCUCCAGAUCCUCAACAAAUAUUAAGAAUGCUUUUACGUGUUGAUGCAUUUCAUGAAUCAUUUCGUUUAUUAUUAUAUUCACCAUUAUGGAUUCUUAAUCGUACAGAUCUUAAACUUGAAUUUCAAAUUGAAAAUAAUCGAACAUUUAUUGAUAUUAUUGAAAGGCCACAUUUAGUUUGUCCAGAAAAAAUUGGAAGUGAAGCAAAUAAAAAAGGACAAAUUUGUGUUUAUGGCAUUGGUCAAACUGAAACAUCAGCAAAAUGGUCAGAAAAAUUUUCUCUUGAUGUUAUUAAAAGUACGGGUUUGACAAGUUGUAAAGUACCCAAUGAUCGAACAUAUAUGAUUUGUGUGGAUAUUGCAACAAGUUCAUUUGGUUUAACAAAACUUGUUACACUUUCACCAGCAAUGGUUAUUAUUAAUAAAUCAACUAUUGGAAUUGAAAUAAUAGAAAUUAUAUCUAAUGAAGAACAAGGUAAAUGGGAAACAAUUAAUUCUGAACAAUUAACUCCAUUUUGGCCACGUAAUAUAAAAGAUAGUGUAAUGCGUGUUCGUUAUACGCAUAAUAAAAUAACAUCAAGUCCAUUUAAAAUGAAUCAAAAACAUCGAACACUUUUACAUAUGGAUGAUGAAGAACGUCCAGCGAUUUAUGUUGAAGUAACAGCAACAGAUUUUGAUGGUGUUAAAGUUAUUUUUGGAGAUUAUAAACUUGGUGAUGCACCUUUACUUGUUGUGAAUUGCUUAGAAAAUGAUCCUAUUUCAUUUUCUCAAGCUAAUGAUGUACGAAUGCAAAUUUUACCACCAUCAAAUUAUGUUUAUUAUACAUGGAUAGAUCCAUUACUAGCAAGAGAAUUAACUAUAUUAUGGGGAUCUAAAGCAAAAAAAUUAGAACUUACUCCUCGACAUGAAAAAUUUGCUCAAGAAGGUCAACGUAAUGUAACGUACACCAUAUUUAUUGAUGGUAUCCAAACAGUUUUACUCUUUUCUGAUGAUGAAAAAGCAGUAGAGGCAGCUUCAAAAAUACCAUCAGUAGCUGAACCUAUGGAUCAACAUAUACAAAUUGGUAUACAUGAUAUUGGUAUUUCUAUUGUUAAUGAUAUGACACGAGAAGAAAUGCUCUAUAUAAGUUUCAAUAAAUCAAAAGUUGUUUGGACUGAAACAAAAAAAAAUCGUGCUAAACCUUUAUCACGUAGUAUAAAUGCAUAUUUAGAAGAUCUAUAUACAACUCAUAUGGAACAAUGUGAAAUGAAUCCAAAUGAUAAAGAACUUCAAAGAAAAAAAUAUCAAAUGGAAGGAUUUCGAGAAAUUUCAUUUCAUGGUGAUACAGCAGAAUUAACUCAAUCUAAAACACAUCGAAAAACUGCUAAACGACAAGCAUUAGAUGGUCUAUGGAUUGAAUAUGCAUGGUCAGCAUCAAAUUCUGCAUUACAUAUACGUAUUAAUCGUGUACAAAUUGAUAAUCAACUUGAUUAUACAAUAUUUCCUGUUAUGCUCCAUCCAACUCUUGCAAAAGGAACAGGAUCUGAUUAUGUUGAAAAACCAUUUAUUGAAUUAAGUGUUUUUCAAUCUAAAACAGCACAAUCAGAUAUAAUGCAAUUCAAAUAUUUUAAACUACUUAUUCAAGAAUUUGCUGUUCAAAUUGAUCAAGGUUUAAUUGUUGCCAUUCUUGCCUUUUUAAGACCAGCAAAUAUUACCGCAGCACCAACAAUCAAUAUGAGUACUGAUUUAGAACAAAUUCAAAAACCACUUAAUACUAUUAUUAAAGCACAAAUUGAAAGUCCAUCGGGUGAAACAGAAAUGCUUUUUGAUAAUAUUCAUUUAUCACCACUUAAAAUUCAUGUUAGUUUUUCAAUGCAUGGAUCAAAACCAAGUGAAGAAUUAUUAGCUGAAUAUCCAUUAGUUGGAUUUCUAUUACAAACAUUAAAUGUUGCCGAAGUACAAGAUGUUAUUUUACGUCUGGGUUAUUAUGAACGAAAUCAUGAAAAAUUUACAACAACAAAAAUAACAAAUGAAGUUUCAUCACAUUAUCAAAAUCAAUUUAUGAAACAACUUCAUGUAUUAGUGCUUGGACUUGAUGUACUUGGAAAUCCACUUGGUGUUAUUCGUGGUCUUGCAGAAGGUGUUGAAUCAUUUUUUUAUGAACCAUAUAAAGGUGCAAUUGAAGGUCCAUUAGAAUUUGCUGAAGGUGUAGCAACCGGUUUUCGAGCAUUAUUUGGUUCAGCUCUUGGUGGUGCUGCUGGUGCUGCUUCGAAAAUAACUAGUGUACUUGGAAAAGGUUUAGCAAGUUUAACAUUUGAUGAAGAUUAUAAAGCUUCACGUAUUCGACGUAAAGAACCGGGAACAACUGCAACAACACACAUUGCUAUCGGAGGAAAGAACGUUGUUAUGGGCUUUGUUGAUGGUGUUAAGGGUGUUGUAACAAAACCAAUAAAAGGAGCAAAACGUGACGGAGCAUCAGGUUUUAUUAAAGGUUUAGGACAAGGUGUUGUUGGUCUUGUUGCACGACCAACAGGUGGAGUGGUAGAUUUUGCUAGCACAUCACUUGAUUUAAUCAAAAGAACUGCUCAACAAGAAGAAACUGUUCGUCGUGUUCGUUAUCCACGUCAUGUUGGUAGUGAUGGAGUCGUUCGACCUUAUAUUCCUCAUGAAGCUAUGGGAUUUUAUAUUUUAAAUCGAUUAGAAGAUGGAAGUUAUGCAAAAUCGGAUACAUAUGUUGCUCAUAUAACUUGUUCAGAUAGUCCACUAUCUUGGUUAGUGGCAACAUCAAAACAUCUAUUAUUUGUAACUGAAGUAUCAUUUCUUGGUAUGUAUGAACUCGAUUGGGGAAUACCAUAUGAAGAGUUAAAAGAAGAACCAAUUAUAAAGAUAAAUACAAAUCAAAUUCAAAUUUUAAUCAAAGAACCAAAAGCAACUGGAACUAUAAGAUCGCAUCAAUCAUAUGGGAAAUUAGUUAAAUUUAAAACUUUGCCCGAUGCUAAAUAUAUUGUCGAUAAAAUUGCAGGUGCGAUGCAUAUCGUUGGUUUUUAA